AUGGUCUCGGCAUUCACUGACGCCGAAGCCACUCAUCGGGACUACGUCGGUCCGAAACAUAAGCACCCGAUCACCGAGGCUGGUCUGGAUCGCUUCUUCCAGCGAUGCACUCAGCUGGAGCAGCUUUCACUGCUCUGCCUCCAUCGGGACACUGAGCUACCCGCUUCCUUCUUCCACCUCACGCGUCUACACACCCUGGCUUUACCAACCGCCUCCGCCUUAGAAGCUCUAGAUUUGGAGAGCCUCAGCUCUCUCACCAAUCUUCAUAUCGUUUUCAGGGAGUUAGACGAGGAGCAACUCACGAAUUUACGUUGUCUUCCCAGCAUCACCAGCGUUUCACUCUUUGCCGGGCCCACGUUUGAUGUCGGAUUGCUGUCGGAUUGGCCCCUGACCAGUCUAGAACGGCUGCAGAUAUCAGAAUGCAGAGAACUGAGGCGGCUUCCGGACAGCAUUGCGGGGUUGCUGCCGCGUCUGCGUGAGCUGACCGUUUCCAGAUGCUAUGCCUUGGAGGAGCUGUCGGAGGGUGUCUGUUCCCUGAGGCAUCUCGAGACUUUGGCAGUCAUCGAAUGCGACGAAUUUCGCUGCCUGCCUGAAAACAUCGGGAUAUUGCCUUCCCUGAAAACCCUGGUUCUGGAUAGUCUGCCGCUGGCGAGCCUGCCUGACUCCAUCUGCCAGCUCAGCUCCCUGGAGACCUUCUUUCUGCUUCCUCCUCCCUUGUGCGACUCAAUCUGUGAGCUGCCAGCAGACUUCUGCUGCCUCACGGCUCUCACGACUCUCUGCCUGGGGCACGCGGCGCUUCCAGCGGACAUAGGACGCCUGAGUAACCUCCACACGCUGCUUCUCAGAGACAGCUACCAAUCUCGGCAUCUCCCGUGCUCGUUAUUGGAAAUCGCGUCGCUGACGAGGCUUGAGCUGAACGAGUGCCGCGUGGAGUUGCUGCCAGAGGGCGUGGGGGCGCUGAGCAACCUGCGUGAGCUGCACGCCUCAGAUUGCGCUUGGCUCACGGCCCUUCCAGCGUCCGUGACGUGCCUGACUGCCCUGGAAGCUCUCUCACUCGCUGACUGCGAGAAUCUGGCCUCGAUGCCCACAAGGCUGGACGGCUUGACACGGCUCAAGCAGCUGGAGGUUGCCCGAUGUGAAAUGCUCACACGGCCUCCUCUAGUCCUGCCGGCUUCCAUUGAAUGGCUGAGUUGGGGAGGUGACGGGAGGCACUUGCACGCUGUGGCUCUGCCAGACGUGUCCACGCUGACGGGGCUUCGGACGCUCCGCCUGGACGAGGUUGUGGUGGCGUGUGGGGUCGCUGUGAGCAGGAGCCUGUCGCACGUGGAGCAUUUGGAGCUGAAUUUGGCAGGCGUUGCUGAGGAGCUUCCAUUCCCCUUGACGUUUCUCUCCCACCUGCGCACGCUGAUCAUUGACCGCGCGUGGAGUCUCCAAAGGCUGCCAGACGACAUCGGGUCAGCACUGCCGCAGCUGCGGAAGCUGAAGCUGGUAGAUGCGGACGAGUUGAGGGAGCUGCCAGCGAGUGUGGCAGAACUUCAGAACCUCACGAGCUUGGUUUGCUCCGUGCCCAAACUGGCUUCUCUGCCGCAUGCCAUCGGUGCUUUAUCCAAGCUGCGGGAGCUGAGCCUCUAUUCCGAAAGGCAGCUUGAGCAGCUGCCUGCCUCUCUCACCCAGCUUGCCUGCCUGAACAAGCUGUCGAUUCUAAACAGCCCCAUCCGUUCCCUAUGUUCCACCGCUGCACAGUUCACGCGGCUCAGAUCCCUCAAUCUGUCAGGCUGUGCGCAGCUGGAGGCAUUGCCGGGGGAUUUGGGCGAGCUGAAGGCACUGCGGUUGCUGAAAUUGUUGGAGUGUAGGCUUGUGAAGGACAGUGAUGGGUCUGUGCUCCCCAGGAGCAUCAAUGAAGUGUACGGGCUGAAAAUAGAAAUAUAG